AUGUUAAGAUCAGAAGAAAGUGCAAUCGCCUGGUGCCAAGAAGUUGGAAUCCUCAAGCCAAACAUAUGUGUGACUUAUGCCAUGGAAAUUGUGUUAUGUAUUUGCGCAAUGAAAGUCCUUUUUCUCCGUUGUUUAAAUUGCAACAUAAGCUUAUCUGUCAGAAGAAGCUCUAUAUUUUACAGAUCCAGGCUACAAAUAAGGCAAAUCGUGCUGUUGAUUUUUCGUUGUCUCGUUAGAGAGCAUCCUCUUAUUACUAUAGUUGAAGACUCAGAGAUUUCAAGAGAUUCAGUGAUAAAGCUCUUCAAGAAAAUAAGAGCUUUGAUUAAAGAAAAAGUAACAGAAGAAUAUUUCACAGAUACUCAACUUGGCAUAGAGAAUGAAGCUGGCGAAGGUCAUCCAACGGUUGAAGUCGACGAAACUCAUUUGGCAACAAUAGAUGGCGAUACUAAAUGGUUAUUUGGUCUCUAUGACAGAGGAACUGAGAGAGAGAGAGAAAUCUUUAUUACUUAA